AUGUCGAUGGUUGAAAAACACUACACUGAAGAUCAGGAAGAUGUAGGGUUUCGAUUUCAGCCUAAGGUUGCCAAACAACCGAAUCAUGAAUUGGAAUUAGAAGACAAGGACGACAUCUACGAUAUAGAACCGUGGCUACUUACACACACAGAGACUGAUUUUUUCGAAUCCAAAGAGUUGGUCUACUUCGUGAAACGGAUCACUCAGACGUGCCAAGGCUAUUGGAAAGCCACUGGGAAGCCAAAAGAUAUCGUGUCGGAAGAGACCGGUGUAGUGAUUGGAAGGAAGAGGAGUCUCAGUUUCUACGUCAAAGGUGAGAAGAAAGCAAGUGGUUGGACCAUGGUCGAGUACUCUCUCCACGACGGUGGCUCCUUCCAAAACCAAGUUCUCUGCCAGCACAAAGCACCAUGA